GGAGCCGCUUCCUUCGGGCUGGACCUGCUCGUUUCCCGGCGCAGUGUCACCGUGAAUCAGCCGUGUCAGAGCCGCCCUGUCACGCGAACCACGGUAUAAAAGCACAAAGACGCACGGAGAGGCACGGAGCGGCGCGCACCAUGGGUAAAUCUGCACUGAUCGUUUUCGCUCACCAGAGCCCGAAGUCGUUCAACGCGGCGGCGAAAGAUGUGGCGGUGAAGGAGCUGAAGAAGCAGGGAUUUAAAGUGAUGGUGUCUGAUCUUUACGCCAUGGGCUUUAAAGCCACCGCCACCAGAGAAGACUUCACCGGAGAGCUGAAGAACCCAGACCACUUCCGUUAUGGAGAGGAGGCUUCAGCCGCCUUUAAAAAUCAAACCCUCGCUGACGACAUCAAGAAGGAGCAGCAGAAGGUUCAGGAAGCCGACCUCGUUAUCUUCCAGUUCCCCAUGUACUGGUUCAGCUUUCCUGCCAUCCUGAAGGGCUGGGUUGACCGAGUUCUCACCGCAGGCUUCGCCUAUUCUCUGGAGAGGAUGUACGACAACGGCAUGUUUAAGGAUAAGAAGGCCUUGGUGUCGUUCACCACUGGAGCCAUGGAGUCCAUGUAUAGUCCUGCAGGCCUCAACGGAGACAUCAACGUGAUUCUGUGGCCUCUGCAGAGCGGCGUACUGCGUUUCUGCGGCUUCCAGGUCCUUCCUCCUCAGAUCUUCUAUAGUCCGGCCCACUGCCCCGACCCCGUGCGCGCCGCUCUGCUGGAGGGCUGGGGGCAGAGACUCUCAGGCAUCAUGUCUGAGGCUCCGCUGCAGUUCGCCUCCACCGGCCUGUUCGAUCUGAGCUUCCAGGGCGGAUUUAGUCUCCGUCCGGAAGUGAAGAAGCAGAGAGAGGCGCAGCCCCACGGCUUCAGCGUCGGGCACCACCUCGGAAAACCUCUGCCCCCCAACAACCAGGUUAAAGCUCCAACAGGGGGCGCAGGGGCCAACUAACAGCACUUCAACAUGAAUGAACCUGCAUAAUACUGCAUUUGAACAAAUCAGCUGUACUGUAUUUGUGUUCAUUACUAAUGAUUGUGUUUUAAUAUCACUGUUUUGCAAAUAAAACAACAGUCUUACUAACCUUAUACAAA